CUCAACCCUCUUCCCCUUUCCCGUCCAGUGACGCCUUCGCUACCCCAGGCGGGUUUUGCGCUUGACGUCGCAGGGCAACGGAUAGUUUCAAGGUCGCCGACCUACCUCGACAUCUAGAACUGACUGGGCUAGAAUGUUCGCGAUACUGCUACCUGGCACGGGACCGAAGCAGGUUCUAGUGUCGCUUCGCAUAAGACCUUUUCUUGGCAGAGCUAAGUUACCUGUCGGCCUAUCGUUAUUCGCACCGUAGUCUACAGUCCGAGGCCGGCGCUAUGCUAAUAUAUGCUAAGGACACUGGAGCCGACUGAAGCAUUUGGUGACGCUAUCCGUAAACAGGUCAUACAACGAUACAAUAAUUUUCGUGAUACGGCUAAGUCCCUGCCAUCAGCGUGCGGGAAGGAAUCGUGUGCUCUCAGCCUUGGUCAAAUUCACUCCUACCCGUCAUAUGACUCUCUAGGUGCCGUCAAGGAACGAAGAGAUCAAUACUAGUGGUGGCUGGCCUCACCACAACUCUUCAAAUUCUAUACAUAUAUGUCUAAUGUCGACUGUUUGUCAAACGAUUAAUGGGAUUCCCCUGUUCAUGAGUUGCUGAUCGCCGGUUCGUGUGGAGGCAGCUCGACCCUCAUUCCCAACGAUGUCGGCCACGUUUCUCCCCGGCGCUGACCAGCCCGACGAGAGCCAAGGGCCGCGGAUUCUCGGGGCAGUGCUUUCGUUAACUUCAGCUGCGCUGGUCGUCGUGUGCGCGAGGUUCUACGUGCGCAUGCGGAUGGUUCGGAUGGUUGGGGUAGAUGACUACAUCAUACUUGUCGCCAUGAUACUCUCCUUGGUUGGAAUGAGCAUCGUCAUCGUCCAGGUUCACUACGGAGCAGGGCGCCACGCCGCGUACCUGGACCCCGAGGUCAACAGAUUCGGUCUUAAGUUGAAUUUCAUCUCACAGCCUAUCUACCUCUGGGCUAUCCCGAUGGUGAAAAUAUCGGUCGGAUUCUUCCUGCUGCGUAUCAGCCCGAGUAUGAUAUACAGGCGAAUCUUGCAAGGGACCAUGGUGUUUCUCGUGGCCUACACAAUGGUCUGUUUUAUAACGCUGCUGCUGCAAUGCCAAAACCUCGCGAUCAUAUGGGACAACCGCGUCGUGACGACAUGCUGGACACAGAAAACGCUCCAGGGCCUAAGUUAUGCGAACGCAACCGUCAACAUCGCAACCGACGUGUUCUUUGCGGUCCUGCCGAUACCCAUGCUCUGGAAGGUUCAGAUCAACUCCCGCACAAAGGCCUCACUCGUUUGCAUCCUUAGCCUCGGUUUAUUCGCUUGUGCGGCCUCUAUUGUCAAAACCUCCUUCAUAUCCAGCUAUGGUAUUACCGGUGACUUCCUUUGGGAUUCCGCCAACUUGACAAUAUGGAUCGCGGCCGAAACGAACACCGGCAUAAUCGCAGCUUCCCUCCCCUGCUUGAAGCCGAUGUUUAAGAAUCUCCUGAAGAGCUCACUCCGGUACGGCUCGUCGCAAAGGAAGGACACGUACCACCUCCGCUCCUAUGGUCAUGGUACCGGUCCGAAGGGGUCGAAGGGGUCGAAGUACUUGCAUUCCCAAACGAAGACGGAGGUCGGUACGCGAAAAGGGUCGGUCCCGAACAAUUUAGCGGACAAUAUCAGCGAAGAAAGCAUUCUAUCACAAAAACCGAAUGGUAUCACCAAGACCACGAUUGUCACCAUUGACAGAUGUGCCGAGGAUAGGGCAGAGAGCUCGGGGUGGCAGAAGCAGAAGGACUAUUAUCCGGAACGUGUGGUCGAGGAUAGGCUAUAGCGAAGCCGUUGUACAAUGCGUGUAGGAUAGCAUUUGCCUGGGUGGCUAGGACCCGUG